GCCGAUGCGUUCAGUUGGGUCGCAGCUUUGAACGUAUCCGGACACACGUCGAGUCCCUCUUGUAGUGUAGUGUCUUCGUCCUACUUCCGGCCAGAACAGGCUGGCCUGCAAAGCGGGGGUGGAGAGGGUCAAGUGUUUUCAAAACAGUGCCGAGCGUUGAGAUUGAGUGAAGUUUUAGGUUUUUUUUGCGGAAACACAAACAGGCUAAAAUUAAGUUUAUCGAUUCCGCUGGUUUGUGUUAUGGUUUUGUACUCCGGACAGGAAGCUUGACCACUUUUGCUUGGUAGUGAUUGUUUUAGUGGCCACUCCAGGGAAUUGAAUUUGGCACAUCCGGGAAGGCUAAAAAUAGUGAGAUUGUUGUAGUCUGCAGUCUGAAAAGCUCACAGGAAAAGUCUAGUUCGGGAAAAUCGUAUUAACUCACCGUGCUGGCUCCGUGUACAUCCCUGAGAGUGUCUGAGUGAUUUUCCCUUCUCGGUUCACCGUCGGUGUCGUCCUGGUGUUUGAUGGUGUGUGUGCGUGGUGCACCUUCACGGCGGCAGGUCCUGGCCGUCACCGACUGACUUGUCUGUCUGUCCAUUGCGUGUCUGCACGAGGAAAGUGGAGGUGUGUCGGUGGUGUUGUGUACAUCCUUACAAUCCGUCAAGGUCCGCUUGUUCAGCACGACCAGCGGCCAAUGUGACCGGAUAUUGAGCAGAUCUCCUGCUAUACCGCAUAAUUUUAUUAAUUGAAGGAUUCUGGGUCGUCUUGCGACCUGAAACUGACCCGUAGCUUGGCAUUUCCGGGACUGCCGGAGAUACGGAGCUCUAAACUCAAUUUAUCGAGCAUCCUACAGUCAGUGAAACGACACCGGAAGACCGUUAUCAGAGGGACGACGGGUAGUCUCCAGAAACGCGACAGAAAAGCGCUCUGAACGAACGGUUGACGGGGUGUUCAGAAUAAGUGCGAGAAACGGAGCGGACGAGUUAUACUGGAAGAGAAGAGAUCUGGAGAUGAAUUGAGCUGUCAAGUCAAAGACAUACCUGCAGUAGCGCCACUAUCAUGAGUCAGUCCAGGCGGAACUGAACGAUUCCAGCGCAACUCCCGGGAAACCCACCCUCCGCCCCAACACGGCUCCGAUCCUGCACCACGUGGCCAGGAUGAUCAAGUCCUACAAGCUGUACCUGACGCUGCUGAUCAGUUCGGUGUUUAUAAUCCUGUGCCAGAACCAGCUGUCGAUAGCGAACUUUGUGAGCAGCAGCUCGUCGGCUGCGCUGGCCGGCGGAAAUGGGCCCGGCGGGACGGACCAGAUCGGGGGUGCCCAGGCGCUGGUCGAUUUGCGGGACGAUCCGGACGGAGCGCUCGUGGACAAGAUUCGAUCGCGCAGUUUGACGUUCAACGAGGUGGGCCCGGCAGUGGGUGCACGGUCUACGGACCGGAGUACCACGACGCUGGGAUCGAGCAGCAGCAGCAGUAGUGCGGCAACAAGCACCUCGACGACUACGGCGGCACCGGCGACGGAGGCCGUCCAGAAGGGGCAAACUACCAGCAGUGAUGGGAAGAUCCCGGCGCGGUUCCCCGCGGACACCAAACAGCUGCCCCCGCUGUACAUUAUCACGCCGACGUACCGGCGGCCCGAACAGCUGGCGGAAAUCACCCGGCUCGGGUACACCCUCAAGCACGUGCCGAACCUGUUCUGGCUGAUUGUGGAGGACGCCGAAAGCCGGACCGAGUCCGUGACGCGACUGCUGCGCCAGAUCGAUGUGCCAUUUGUGCAUCUUACAGCUCCGAUGCCGGCCAAAUACCGCAAGCUCAAGGUGAAGCCACGUGGCGUGUCCAACCGGAACCGGGGUCUUCAGUGGAUCCGCGCGAACGCCACCGAAGGUGUGCUGUACUUUGCGGACGACGACAACACGUACAAUUUGCAGAUAUUUGAGCAGAUGCGCCACAUUCGCAAGGUCGGCAUGUGGCCCGUCGGGCUCAUCUCCAAGUACGGCGUCAGCAGUCCGAUCGUGGCCAACGGAACCAUCAGCGGGUUCUACGACGGGUGGAUCGGCGGCCGCAAGUACCCGAUCGACAUGGCCGGGUUUGCGGUGAGUGUGAAAUUCCUGCUAUCUCGGCCAAAGGCGGAGAUGCCCUUCAAGGCGGGCUACGAAGAGGACGGCUUUCUGCGGAGUCUUGACCCGCUGGACAUGAAGGAGAUUGACCUGCUGGCGUCCAACUGCACCGAGAUUCUCACGUGGCACACGCAGUCCAAGAAAAACCCGGCGGCACUUCCGCUGAACCUGACCAAGUACGGCGCGACAAACUUGGUGAAGCUGACGAAGAUUCUUGUUUGAAGCAGGACGAACAAACAAAAGUGAACGCAAUUGUGAACAAAAUGAUGCCAUAACGAAAACAAGAGAAACAGAAAGUUUACCCAGUGAAAAUGAAGAUUAAGACAAAGAUACUUUAUCCGAUAGGUGCUAUUUUUUGAAUUUUGAUCGUAACGGUAGUUUGACGAAUUUCUUUUCUUUCGACACUCAAAACUAACUACUUUCGAAACGUAGACUAGGUACAUGCUGAUUUCAAGAGCAGAGGAAACAUUAGGGGUACUUAACGAAGAUGAAGUUGGCUGAUUGGUGAGGAAUUGCCUAGCAGUUUAAGGUUGGUUUCAAUGUCGGACGCGCGCCCUCUGCACAAGAACAUAAAUUCGAAGUGACAAGUUGUACUGUAUUAUACAAAAACUUUAGAUAGGAUAUAAGUAAAAUUACGACCUUUAUUCAGUCCUUUUUCUUCCAAAAAAUAGCAAAAAUAUUCAAGCAAAUUGAAAGUGCAGUUCCAUUGUUGUAAAUAUUUCCUAUGUUCCUUAAGGUUCGUUUUUAAGUGUAAUGUCACUAUUCUUGAAAGUUUCUUUCAGCAAGCGUUGGUCUUGAAAACUCAAACAUAAUAUUAUCUAGAUAGUUUUAGCUACUCAAAUUUUUAAAUCGUUGCAAUCGAACAAAAAGUGUAAAUAUACAAAAGAAAAAAUCAAACAAAACUACUUUCAUAUCCAAUACAACAAAAUCUUUUUCAUCGUAGUCUAGCUAUUCCAAAGGAAGAACAAACAGAUCGUUACAAGUUACUGAACAACUUGCAAAAGAAAACUAUUGAUCUGCUGAAAUAUCACGAACGGUUGUCGAAUUGUGCAAUCUCUCUAGCUAAAAUAAACGAAGCUCAUCGAUCAAUCCGUUAAGGUCCGGUUAGAGGGAGGCGCUAAAGAAUCAGAAGACGAAAAAAAAACGACGAGCUUUUUCCAAGUAAAACUUUACCAGUUGUUCUUUCCCAGUACUGUCGCCUUCUAAAGACUAAACAUACAUUACAUAGGUCUGCGUCGAGCAAACCAGCAAAAAAUAACCAAAUAAGAUUUGAGUUUGAUUGUGAGCA